AUGUACUGGUUUUUCCUCCUUUUUUUUUUGACACCUGAAUUUCUUUACAUAUAUGGGGAUAUGACGCGGAAUCCAAGACCAAUGAAUUCUUCUGGAAUUGAUAAUUUUAAUUUAUGUAGGACGUUAUCUAUGUAUAAGAAUUCCAGGGAUGGUUAUAAAGCGAUUUUUCAAGAUAUAACAGGAUACAGGCAACUUGAAAAGAUUCUUCUUAAUCUCAAUGAGAUUCCAUCAAAACUCAUACACUUUAACAAAAAUCUCCUGUUGGAUUUCGCAAAAAGCAAUGAUAUUACGGAUAUGGAACUUUAUAUCCAUGGAUCAUUAUUCUAUCACAGCGUUGAAGAAAUGUUCAAAAUGUUGCCUGCAGAAGUAUCUUACAAUGUUAUUGACCAGCAUCUGCAAAAUCUCAUGAUUUCCAUCCUAACUUACGAAAAAAGAAACGUAGAAUUUGGUUACUCAGCUUCAGAACUGCGAAAAUGCUUCAAAAUAAACGAGUUUGCUGCUCAAUCAGUCAACAUCUUUGGUGACCUAACAAUCAACUGGUUUAAAGCUUUUAGCUCUGGUCUUACGCGGUACCUUAAUGCGCAAAAAUUAUUACAAAUGACGAGAACAGUUUUGAAUUCAGGACCCAGCAAAUCGUGCAGUCAUUGUAUGAGGGACCUCAGUUUGGGUUGCCCGAAUUUAGAUAAGUGCUUUGCAGCUGAUAAUAAACAAGUAUGUUCAAACCCAUGCAACAGUUACUGUAUAAAUGUUUUUCGCGGAUGUUUAGCUCCGUCUAUCUUAUUUUUUCCUAAACAAUUCAUCUAUUCAAAUCAGAAGUUAGCAUGGAGUUACUCAAACCCAAUUCGUUUUGAUGAUUUGAGCUACUUUUUAAGUGCCACUACUGUGUAUCAUUUAAUUAAAAAAGGGAUUAAAGAAGCCAACGAAAAUGAAGCCUUAAUCCAACCCAAACUUGAGAAGUUUUGUAGAAAAAAUAAGCCGCGUACUUUACAAACUACUAUAGGUUUGUUCAGUAACUUAAAUGGAAAUGAUCAUACACUAAAUGAAACAAUGAGUAAUUAUUUGCAACUUAACACUGAGGACUACGAUAAAUUAAACAAUUUCAUUGAGAAAGUUACGAAAGAUCUAAAUUCAUAUCUUCAUGAUAGAGACAAUAAAGUUCAGUAUAUGAGCAAUAUUGAGUUACUUUAUUGUUCACAAGAAGAUAAAAAUCGAUGCUGGAAUGGAUCAUCAUUUGAUCGGUAUACACGUCAAGUUCCAGAGUUCACUAUAAAUGGACAGUUAAAUAAUCCCGAAGUGAAAAUAACAAGCAAUGAUUUAAAAUACAAUUUUUCAAAAGAAAAGAAUGUUAUACGAAAGGAGCGGACAGAGGAAAAUAAUGCUCAAAAGGUGAAUUCUAAGAAUGAUGUUCCAUUGACUAACCCUCUACUUAAUCAGAAGAAAUCAGAUAGAGAAGGCUUGUUCAUUUCAGAGUCAAGUGGUACACAUCCUUCUCUUUUGUCAAGUGAUAUAAAUAUACCUCAAAUCAAUCCAAAUAAUUUUGAAUCAAAGCCAUCGAAGUAUUUUAGUGAAACUAACAACAGAGCUGAAAUCGUCAAUACAGAUGAUUUGUCGGAUCAAAUUGUGGUUCAAGGAUGUUUUGUAGAUGAUGAAGAUUGUGAAUUAAAUAUUGCUGACAAUUCAAUCGACGAUAAUGCUAAUGAAAGACAGUACACAGUAUUUAGUGAAAAUGAAUCUUUCGACAAUUCAUCCGAGUCUAAGAAAAAACUACAAGAUGAUCCGGUGAAUGACAACAAAACAAAGGAAUCUUCAAAGAAAACCGAAAUACCCCCAGAGAAAGCAUUGAAUUCUACGGCAUCUAAUUCCUCAACGAAUUCAAAAGUUCAGGAAAAUAUUAGUCUCAAUAACAAAAUGUCAUUGGAAUUGGUCUGCUUUGUUUGUAUAUUCUCUAUCAAGCUUUAUUCAUUCACAUGUUUAUAA